AUGAAUAGUGUUACAUUGGGAGGAAGUGGUGGAUUUGUACCAGGUGGAUAUGUUCAACACCCUGUAGCCGCAUCAGGAGGUAUGGAACACCACCCUGGUCAGUAUAGUAUGUCACAAAAUCCAUCUAAUGCAAAUACAAAUGAACAGUUGGUACCUGGUGAGCAUUCUUCAUUACCACACCUAACAAUGAUACCACCACAUCAUUUGAGUAAUACUGGUGACUAUGGAAAUACACCUAGUCAACUACGUAAUAGGUGUAAACUGGGAGUGUUCAGCCAUAGAGUAUGUGAAAAGGUCAGUGCUAUUAAGGUAGCAUCUUAUCAUGAGAUGACUGAGCAUCUAAUAAAUAUGGAAUUAGGUGAUGGGCCAGGUAGAUCUAAGAAUCCAGAAGCAAAGAAUAUUCGAAGGAGAGUUUAUGAUGUAUUAAAUGUAUUAUUAGCAAUUGGGGUUGUUAGACGUAGUGUAGGAGUUGGUAAGAACCUAAUUUGGGCUGGAUUAGAUCCAGAGAGACCAUUAAUUGACCAAUUAGUUGAGAGAUCGCGUAUGGAUCAUACUGGCAGACUAUCAAGUGGACCUGAUGAAUUGAGAUCUGAAGAACAAGCUAGGGCAGAAGUAGAAACUGCCAAAAUUGCUUAUCUUACUGCCUUUGAAGCUCAAGUUAAUGCUUUACAAGAAACUAUUAGACAACGACUAUCUACAUGUAAUGAUAAGGAUAUAGUUGCUGCUGCAGAAUAUAUAGGGGUUAAACAAUUAUUACAACCUGUACAACAUCCUCACUUACAUAGUCAUUUAAAUAACCCUAAUAUUGCAAUACCAGAGGAAUAG